AUGGAUCAAAUUCAGCAUGAGCCGGCUCUGCGGCGGUUGGAGGUCAAUUGGGACCGGGGCUUAAUCGCCGCCAGCAUCGCGGUCUCUCUCCUUGGCGCCUUUACUUCAACCCAAAUGAUGUGUCAAGCACGAACAUCCCGCUAUCUCUCGGGCGUUCUAGUCUGGACGAUAUUGGGCAGCUUGACCUUUGGCUUCUGUUCGAUCUGGUCCUUGCACUUCAUUGCCAUGUUGGCGUGCGAGCUGCCUGUCUUGAUUGGGCUAAACGUACCCCUGACAGUCCUGAGCGCUUUUCUUGCUGUCACCUUCACUUUCCUGGCUCUGGCCUCAGAUCUCAUGCGCGAGAGGUAUAUCAGGUUUGUUAAGAAAAGGAGACAGAUGGCUAGGCGGCAGAGCAAAAAGGGUGCAGCUAGGGUUCUGAACGGCAGCACAGAAGCGCUUCUGAGACCACGCACAUCCGAAAGCGACCAUGAGCCUCUGAGCGUGCAUGGGCAGAUGGACGACGCCGGAAAUCACGGUAUCAUCAGGUACGAAGGCGACGCAAAUAUGACUCUAGGACCCUUGGAAGACCACUUUGCAGUUGGAAAACCUGCCAACGUUGCGACCGCCGAAGCUCCUCUUUCUCCCGACCGGCCUGACUCGCCGCCUACUUUUGCUUGGAGGCGGCCACUGCUUGGCCUGAAUGCUUCUUCGCAGGAAGAGUCUUCUACUAACGAUACGGAGAGUCUUCCUUGGAGUUCAGAUGGAGAAGGUCGUCCCCGAGGAUGGUCAUCACCAAGUCACUCUGACAGCAGCAGCCUGGGCUUGCCUGGUUUCAUGUCAUUCAAGGUCCAAAAGUCGAAUGCGCUCAAGACGACCAAUGUUCUUGUCGGUACCGCUUACCUCUUGUACCGCGGGGCGACUUUGAGACACUUUGCAAAAGGCUUCAUUUGGAGCUUAGCGAUCACAAGCAUGCACUAUGUGGGAAUACUGGCUCUAAAAAUUCCCCAAGGCCAUGUCACCCUGCAGCCAUUCAUCGUCCUACUCUCUGCGUCCAUCAGUUGGCUGGUCUGUACCAUUGGAUGCAUUUUGAUACCUCAAAUCGAAAUCAAUCUAUCUCAACAGUUGAUGUUCUCGACGGUCGCUGCAGCAGGAGUCGCCGCCAUGCACUUUACUGGAAUGUGGGCGACGACGUUCUGGUCUCGAGCACCUGAAACCACCAAUCGCGGAUAUCCUCCCAACCUCGCGGUCGCCGUAACGAGUAUAGCUAUCCUGACAUGCAUGCUCGCCAACGGUCUCCUGGCUCAUUCGGCGACUGUGGCUCGGAACAAGCUGGCAGAAAUUGUUCAGACCAAACGAAAACUAUGGGCAGCCAUUGCUCAGAAGGAGAAUGCAGAAGCCGCUGCGGCAGCUAGGAGCGAGUUCAUCGCCAGUGCCAGCCACGAGAUUCGGACCCCUCUGCACCAGCUGCAGGGCUACAGCGACCUCAUGUCUCGUACAGAACUAAACGAAGAGGCUCGCUUGCUCUUACGCGCUAUACAGCAGGCCACCAGAUCUCUGUCCAUGAUCACUGCUAACGUCCUUGACUGGUCACGCUUGGAAAAGGGGGAAGCUGUAUGUCGGCCAACCAGCCUCGAUCUCCGAAGAGUGUGCGAGUCGAUACUCACUAUUCUGCCGAACAAAGACGAUGAGGCGGGUACCGAACUCAUGAUUGUGGUCAGCCCCAAUGUUCCGCAUUCCCUCUUCUUGGACGAGACCUAUGUGCAGCGAAUUCUAAUGAAUUUGCUCACCAAUGCAUUGAAGUUUACACAGUCCGGCUAUGUUUUACUCUUGGUGGAGAUUGAGGGUGGUGAAUUGGUCGUCACUGUCAGGGAUUCUGGCGUCGGCAUACCUGAAUCGUUCUUGCCCGAUCUGUUCGAGCCAUUCAAGCAGGCCCAGAUUCGAGGUGCUCACAGGGGAACCGGCCUCGGUUUGGCCAUUAUCCGGCAAUUGCUCCAGAAAAUGGAUGGUGCAAUCACAGUGGAGAGCAAAUACCAGCAAGACGGAGAAGUGGGAACAGAAUCAUCCGGCAGUACUUUCACCGUCACAAUCCCCGUCGCCGUGUCGGCUGAUUUGCCUGACAGUCUGGAGUGUCUGGGUCCAAACCGGAGUAUUGCUCUCUUUGGUUCGUGCAGCGAGCGAACGUUAGCAGGGCUGCAGCUGUCUUGGAAAGCUUUUGGCUUUGAACUGGUCCGAGCCAAACCGGACGACGCCAUAUCCGACUCCUGGGGAUUUGUCUGGACGGAUCUGAUGUUCCUGCGAGCUAAUGGGCAGCUUCUUAGGCGGAUACUGGAGGUUCGACACCAGUUGGUUAUUGUGUCUUACGAUUCCCAGACGCUCCUGGACGAAUCCCUUGGGUCAGUACCUCCACGCCACAUUAUCCCGAUCAGAAGGCCUUUCUUGUGGCACCAGAUCAUCGAAAACAUGAUCACUUCAGCUCGAACUGGUCGGGCAACGAUUGACCGUUCAGUCAGAUUCGCGCAGGUCGUGGAUGUGGUAGAGAAUGGCAGUUCAAACCCAGCCCGCGAGACGAAAACACUCAGCGGGUCCACAGUGCUACUCGUCGAGGACAACAAGAUCAAUCAGAAGCUCGGAGUCAAGAUGCUGAAGACACUCGGCUACAAUGUCGUUGUGGCAGAUGACGGCCAGUAUGCGAUCGAGAAGCUCCUCGAGAACGACAAGGACAUUGCUGUGAUACUAAUGGAUCAGUCAAUGCCUCGUAUGGACGGAAUCACAGCAACCAAGAAAAUUCGAGAAAUGGAGCAGUCUGGAGCGCUCACAGGGAAGAGACGACCUAUCAUAAUGGUCACUGCCGUGGUUGGUCCUGACGCUCAAGCACUGUGCAUGUCGGCAGGUACAGACGCCUUCCUACCGAAGCCUCUGGCUCUGACGAAGCUCGAUAACACACUGAAGAAGUACUUGGGCUGA